AUGGUACUCAUCUUACUCGCCGUCGCCGCAGCAUGCGCCACCGCACUCACCCCACCACCAUCCAAUGCCACAGACCUUGCUGCACUGCUCGCCUUCAAAGCAAUGCUCAAGGACCCCCUUGGUAUCCUUGCCAGCAACUGGACUGCUACUGCAGCAUUCUGCUCGUGGGCGGGGGUCUCUUGUGACAGCAGGCAGCGCGUCACUGGCCUUGAGUUCAGCAACAUGCCGCUCCAGGGCAGCAUCACGCCACAGCUUGGUAAUCUCUCUUUCCUCUCGACCCUUGUCCUCAGCAACACCAGCAUCAUGGGUCCCGCGCCAAACGAGCUUGGCAGUCUGCCCUGGCUUCAAACUCUUGAUCUAUCACAGAACAGCUUGUCAGGUACCAUCCCUCGCAACCUUGGCAACACCACUAGGCUUGAGAUUCUUGAUCUUGCUUACAAUAACUUCUUUGGGGGGAUUCAACAUGAAUUGCAAAAUUUGCACAGCCUUCGUUCGUUAAGAUUGCAACAUAAUGAUCUAAGCGGACCAAUUCCGCAGAGCCUGUUCAACAGCACACCCAAUUUGAGUGAAAUACAUCUUGGCUCGAAUAGGUUGACAGGAGCAAUUCCUGAUAGUGUCAGCUCAUUACUAAAGCUGGAGGUGCUUGUCCUAGAAAAAAAUCUUCUCUCAGGCUCCAUGCCACCUUCUUUGUUUAAUAUUUCGCAGCUUCAAGUACUAUCUGUCGGACGAAACAAUCUCUCAGGUCCCAUUCCUGGAAAUGAGAGCUUUCACCUCCCUAUGCUGCAAGUGCUGAUUCUCCAAGAAAACCAUUUCAACGGGCCAAUCCCUUUAGGACUCUCUGCAUGUAAGAACCUUGACGAACUCUACGUUGCUGUGAACAAUUUCACUGGUUCUGUGUCGUCAUGGCUAGCAACACUUCCAAGCCUUACUGCAAUAUCCUUGUCAAUGAAUAACCUGACUGGAAUGAUCCCAGUUGAGCUGAGCAACCAUACCCUGCUUCUCGUGUUGGACCUCAGUGAAAACAAUCUACAUGGGGAGAUUCCACCAGAACUGGGACAGUUGAGAAACCUCCAGUUUCUAGGUCUUGCAAACAACCAAAUAACUGGUGUCAUUCCAGAAUCCAUAGGCAAUCUAUCAAACCUUACCCAAAUAGACUUAUUUGGAAACAGAUUGACAGGAUCAGUGCCGAUGUCAUUUAGCAACUUGCUGAAUCUCCGUCGCAUCUUUGUUGAUGAGAACCAUCUCUCUGGGAAUCUAGAUUUCCUAGCUGCAUUAUCCAACUGCAGAAGCCUGACUACCAUUGGCAUAACAAACAAUGAGUUCACAGGGAGGCUACCAACUUCAAUUGGAAACCUUAGCACGCUGCUAGAAAUUUUUCAAGUAGCUAACAACAACAUCAAUGGAAGCAUCCCUGGUACAUUGGCUAACCUUACCAGCUUAUCAGAACUGGAUCUUGGUGGAAACAACCUGAGUGGGAAGAUCCCUACACCAAUCACUGCAAUGAGCAAUCUCCAAGAAUUGGACCUCUCCCACAACAGCUUGUCUGGCACCAUCCCAGAAGAAAUCAGUAGAUUAACAAACCUAGUUCAUUUACGUCUUGACAGCAAUAAACUAACUGGUCCCAUUCCAAGCAAUAUCAAUAGCCUAAGCCAGCUGCAAAUUAUGACAUUAUCCCAAAACUCAUUGUCUUCAACCAUACCAACAAGUCUGUGGGAUCUUCAGAACCUUAUUGAGCUUGAUUUGUCACAGAACUCUUUAAGUGGGUUCCUGCCUGCUGAUGUUGGAAAAUUAACAGCAAUUACCGGGAUGGAUUUAUCAGGAAACAAGCUAUCAGGUGACAUCCCAGUUUCCUUGAGUGAACUCCGCAUGAUGAUAUAUCUCAAUCUGUCCAGAAAUUUAUUCCAAGGAUCAAUACCUGGUUCAUUUGGCAAUAUGCUUAAUAUUGAGGAAUUGGAUCUAUCCUCCAAUGCACUUUCUGGUGCCAUCCCAAAAUCCUUGACCAAUCUCACUUACCUUGCCAACUUGAACCUUUCUUUUAACAGAUUGGAUGGACAGAUACCAGAAGGAGGAGUGUUCUCAAAUAUCACACUCAAAUCAUUGAUGGGGAACAAUGCGCUGUGUGGCCUUCCUCGCCUAGGUAUAGCACAGUGCCAGAACACCAGUAAUCAGUCGCGACCAAAAAACCUGUUGAUAAAAGUUUUACUACCUUCAUUACUGGCAUUUUUCGCUUUAGCUGUGUUCUUGUAUAUGUUGGUAAGAAUGAAGGUGAACAACCAAAGAAAGAUGCUAGUACCCUCAGACACAGACUUGCAGAACUAUCAGGUGAUCUCAUACUAUGAACUUGUUCGUGCAACCAGCAACUUCACCGAUGAUAAUUUGCUAGGGGAAGGAAGCUUUGGUAAGGUCUUCAAAGGUGAGCUAGAUAAUGGAUCUUUGAUAGCAGUGAAGGUACUAAACAUGCAGCACGAAUCAGCUUCCAAGAGCUUUGACAAAGAAUGCAGUGCACUUCGAAUGGCUCGGCAUCGGAAUCUGGUGAAGAUAAUUAGCACUUGUUCCAAUCUUGACUUCAAAGCACUAAUUCUUGAGUAUAUGCCUCAUGGUAGUUUGGAUGAUUGGUUGUACUCAAAUAAUGGGAGGCAACUCAGUUUCCUCCAAAGGGUUGGCAUCAUGCUGGAUGUUGCAAUGGCACUGGAGUAUCUGCAUCACCAGCAUUUUGAAGCUGUCCUGCAUUGUGAUUUAAAGCCAAGCAAUAUCUUGCUUGACAAGGACAUGAUUGCACAUGUUUCUGACUUCGGCAUUUCCAAGUUGCUAGUUGGAGAUGACAACUCCAUCACAUUAACAAGCAUGCCCGGAACUGUAGGAUACAUGGCUCCAGAGUUUGGAUCAACAGGAAAAGCAUCACGAGCCAGUGACAUCUACAGCUACGGAGUUAUUCUCCUUGAAGUCUUCACAAGGAAAAAGCCAACUGAUCCAAUGUUCAUCGGUGAGUUGAGCCUGAGGCAGUGGGAGUAUUGUAUUGAAGAUACAAGUAGUCCUCCUGAGGACUCCAUCUUGAAUGCCUGCCUAGCGUCCAUAAUUGAUUUGGCUUUGCUUUGUUCAAGAGCUGCACCUGAUGAAAGGAUCCCGAUGAGCGAUGUGGCUGUGAAGUUAAACAAGAUCAAGUCAUACUACAAUACCAGAGAAGAUCCAAAUUUUUUGCUUGGAGUCAAACCUGCAAUGGCCUGGCAACGAUGA